ACACAAAACAAAGCGCCACGCAAAGGGAAAGCCAACCGCUUCUUACCAAAACCCAACUUUGACGCUCUCUAAAACCCUCUUUUUCCGACGAAGAUGAACCGGAUCGCGGCGAGGUCGGUGGCCGGAGCUCUGCGCCAUGGCCGCAACUUCAACCGCCACAUUUCCACUGCUACCGUCGUUAGUACUACGCCGAAGUUCGACGCAGCCGACUAUCUCCACCGCCAGAGCGCCACCGCUUUCGGCUCCUGGAGGAUGAUGAGCACGGUGACGCCGUCGAUUCAAACGCCGCCUCCUUCGGCUGAGAAGGAGAAGGACAAGAAGGAGAGCUCCGGCUCCGGCUCCGACGCGAAGAAAGACGUCGUGAUUUCGAAUUAUUGGGGAAUUGCGAGGCCGAAGCUCACCAGGGAGGACGGCACUGAGUGGCCAUGGAAUUGCUUCAUGCCAUGGGAGACGUAUGAAGCAGAUUUGUCGAUCGAUCUGAGCAAGCACCAUGUGCCGAAGACGUUUCUGGACAAAGUGGCGUACAGAACGGUCAAGCUUCUUCGAGUUCCGACUGAUAUCUUCUUCCAGAGACGGUAUGGGUGCCGUGCAAUGAUGCUGGAAACUGUGGCAGCUGUCCCUGGUAUGGUUGGAGGAAUGCUGCUGCACUUAAGGUCUCUCCGAAAGUUUCAGCAGAGUGGUGGUUGGAUCAAAGCCUUACUUGAAGAAGCAGAGAAUGAGAGGAUGCACUUGAUGACAAUGGUGGAACUUGUGAAGCCUGCAUGGUAUGAGAGGCUACUUGUUCUCACUGUGCAGGGAGUCUUCUUCAAUGCCUUCUUCGGGCUCUAUAUGAUUUCCCCCAAGGUUGCACACAGGGUUGUUGGAUAUCUGGAGGAGGAGGCUAUUCACUCUUAUACAGAGUACUUGAAGGAUAUUGAUAGUGGCAAGAUUGAAAAUGUACCGGCCCCUGCUAUAGCAAUUGACUACUGGAGGCUACCAAAAGAUGCUAAACUGAAGGAUGUUAUCACUGUGAUUCGUGCUGAUGAAGCUCACCAUAGGGAUGUCAACCAUUUUGCAUCUGAUAUUCAUCAUCAGGGAAAGGAACUGAGAGAUGCCCCAGCUCCCAUUGGAUAUCACUAAGUCAUCUCGUCUGCCAAUAAUUGAAGAGUUAUAUUCAUCUUAUAUUAUCUGUGUCUUGUAUAUGUUGAAGUCUAUGAUCUAUAGGGACAUAGCUUCGUUUCCAAAUAGACAGCUUAAACUCGUAAUUUGGUUUUUGAGUACAACAUUUUAAUGGCCCAUAUUAUCAGGAUUAGUUGGCUUCUUGACUUAGGGGGGUGUAUUGUAUAUGAAAUUAGUGGAAGUUUUAAAGUAGUCUAUGGAAUUUAAAAGUCUAGGUGUAUUCAAUAUAGACUUUUAAAAAUCAAUCAAAGUCUGGGUAUAUUCAACUUG